CACGGGCUAUCCCCGGCGUGCGAGUGUAGCAGUGCGAGGCGGUCUUAAUACUACUACUACAUGAUGACUGGGUUGUAGAUAUCAUGUUUGCGAUAAUAACACUCGCUCUGUUGUUGCUUUCCCUGUGUUUCGUUCGUUUAUGAGCUAUAAUGGAUUGAUCGACAUGGGAAAAGAGUAAAGUAGUACCUAUCAUCCCCACCCCACCCCCAUACCCAUAGAGAGAGAGAGAGGGGGUGUGUGUGUGUGUGAGCAACAUUGUCUUUACCGUAUUUGGAUGGAAGGAUAACACAAUCAUUAUGGAAGUAGCCCAAAACUCUUUUGUUUCGGACUGUACCUUUUUUUCUUACUCUUGUCCUGCCAAUAGGUCACAGCAGCAGUGGCAGUGGCUAUCAGUGCUGCUUGGCCACUGCAUACUAAGGAUAAAAACUCAGCAAAGGCUUUUACUUUUUGGCUCUUUUGGAGAGUGGGUUUACUGCGCGCUUGUUGAUCCCUUUCUUUUCUUUCCUUACUACCCCCACUUGCACAACAACAACAACCACAACAGCACACACACAAACCUUUUCUCUUUUUCUUCUCCCAACCUCUUUUUUUUUUUUGUUGUGUGCUUGCUUGCUUGCUUCUUUUAUUAUUAUAUAAUUAUUAUUAUUUCGCCACCCGGAAUCAAGGGCCCUGCCAGAACACUUGUUUAUUCUCAUUCCGAACUGCACCCACCCCGUUUUCUUCUUCUUUCUCUCUUCAUUGCUAACACAUUCGACUCACAAUUACGUCCAAAAUGGAGACGACCGAGCAACACACCAGCUCUCCGGAAUCGUCGGCAACUCCGGAACCGACCAAAAGAACUACAAAGAAAGGUGGCGGCACUUGUUCUUCCAACUCUAAUAAUAAUAAUCAUAACAACAACAACAACAACACAACGAGUGCAACGGGCGCAAGCAAUCAUCCAAAUAGACGAAGCAAGAGCAUGCGUGCCUGUGACGAGUGCCGAAAACGCAAGGUAAAUUUUGCAUGUUUUUUGUUUUACUACUCGGGCUACUUGGG